GACGUUUCCUGCUGAUGGAUGGCGAUCAAAAAUUCAACUGAACAAAAUGUCAGAAUUAUUUUAAUUUUUUAAAUAAUUUCAUAAAAAAAAUAUUAACAACUAGUUUUCAGUGCUUCAGACAAUAAUUUGUGCUAUUUACCGUUAAUUUAAAUUAAGCCCCAAACCGCCGAAAGCUUAAUAGCCACCGAAAAAACACUAAGAAAAUUAGUUGUUUUUGGACAAAUAUUACAAUGUCUGGUAAACUUUUUUUAGUUUACUUGCAAAAAACAAUAAAAAACUGGUGUAACAUGUAACAAAGCCAUUCCUAAAACUGCCCUAUCACUGUAAGGAAACUUAUAGGUAAAAUUACCAAAUCAUCCCAUUAUGGGGGCAAAAUUAAGUACUACAAAUGAGGGUUCGCAGAGCCCUAGGACCAGAGCCUUUUCUACUAGCAGUAGCACCGAAGUUGUUGCCACACCUGGAUUCAGGUUUAUGAGGUCUUUAGGCAUGGAAAAUGACAGACAAAGAGCCAGAUCCUUAUCUAGUGUUCCUGACCUUCAUGGUAGUUCAGCCCAUGACUCUCACCAUCACUCUGAGAAUGGGGGUACCAACUUGGGCACAGAGGUGUCUGUAGGCGGUAGUCCAGGAGCUGAUACAGACAGCAGUGCAGGUGAAGAGGGAGCCCAUGGUGGAGGGUUAAUUGGGCAUGCUGCUGCUGCCGCCUUGACUAGAGUUUAUGCUGCUCAUUCUUUGCCUGGCCAUAUAUGGAGUCUAAAUGGUAUCAAAUGUCCCGUGUGCAGUAAAUUCGUGGUUCCCGACGAUAUAGAAUGCCACCUGUUGAUGUGCUUGACGAAACCCCGCCUUUCAUACAACGAAGAUGUGUUAACAGACGACAAAGGGGAAUGCGUUAUUUGCCUGGAGGAACUAAGUCAAGGAGACAUUAUUGCCAGGUUGCCUUGCCUUUGUAUAUAUCAUAAAAGUUGUAUAGACCAAUGGUUUGAAGUGAACCGCUCUUGUCCCGAACAUCCAGGGGAUUAGCAACUAAAUCAGAUGUAAAUCCACUACUACAGACAGGCUGUUGUAAAUGUAAAAUACUUUGUAAAUAUUUGUAAUUGUAUAUUAGGGUAUCACCAGUUGAUUAUUACGAAUUUGAUUAAACCAGUGUGAUGAAAGGUGAUUGGUUGGUUCGUGGGGAAAAAAGACGUGCUGGUUUAACGAAACUCGAUUGCGUUUUUUUUACUGGCGAAAUUGAUGGAGACUGUGGUAUUAGUUGUGAAAUAUUAGGUUACGUUUUUUUAUUGUUAGGUAAGGUUGUGGCAGUGUAUAGUUUGACUUCGAAGACCAGUAAAUUCCUUUUUUUGAACGACUCGAAAGUUAAAUUCAUACCUAUUUUAAAAGUAUACACAACCAUAAGUAAAAACUGGGCUUGAAAGUCAUACGGUACUCGAAAAACUUUUAUUUUUGUUUCCUUUUAUUGUUUCCUGUUAUAGAGAAGUAAAAAAAAUCUAUGUAUCUUAAUAAUCAUAGCA